AUUGGUGACCAGAUGGGUGCUAUUGAAGUUAUAUUACACUAAAAGCAGCUUUAAACUCAGGACAUAAAUAUUGCUGGUGCUAUGUGGAAUACUUAUAGGACUUACAGUAAGUGUAAGUAGCUGGUGUAUUGCCCAAAAUAAUUUUUCUUUUUAGAUUUGGCAGUAGAUGUGCUGUCUUUCUGAGACUCCUGUCUAUGUAAGUGCAAGGUGUACAAGAUUGAUGCAACUUUUGAUAAAUAAUGUCUGAAUUUUUAAAGGAGCUGAAAGUGUGCUAUUGUCUGUCUCUUUGAGAGUGACUGAUUAUAUGAGGUGUACAGUGAGACAUCUUAAAACAGACCAACAAAAAAAAAUAGAAGGAUCUAAAUCUCAGCUAUCAAAUAUGUAAACCAUAAUAACAUCUGAGAUCUCUAUAUUGUAUACACUUUUUUUUCAAGACCUCUUUUUUUUAACCUAUCAGAAAGAGUCCUGUUCAGCUGAGUAAAUAUGUGAGGAAUUACUCUUUCAUAUAUUGGAGUGUCUGAAUAACUUUCAUAGAACUUUUCUCCCAGGUAUUUGUCAUGUACUAGCCAGGUGUCACCAAAUAUUACACUCAGACUGAAGUCGGAAAACUUACCUUGCACAGCUGUUAUGCUUGAGUGAAAACAAGUCUUGAAUCAAGAAAACCCAAAGAACUCUGGGGUGUCUUUGCAUUUUUGGUUUUAUUUGUUUCAGAUGUUGCCCUUGAGUCCUGGCAGAAAAGUUGAUCCUGACAGCCCUAAAGCUCCUAACUGACUUGUUUUAUCUUGUAAUUUUUAGGAUCUUGCAUUAAUUAGUGUUUCUCUGGAUCUCAUUUUUCCAGUAUUGGGUGCUGAUAUGUCUUUGUUUCUUGGGAACGCUUUGCUUUCUGUAGUUUAAAGAUAUAUUUUACAAUAUGUGUACUUUUCUUAAGGCUUCCAAUUUAACAGCUAGAUUAAUUAGGAAGUCUAAAUGGUGUCAUACAGAUGCAUUACCACCCUACUUUUGCUGGCCCAGUGAUGGCACUAUGGGUUUUCUUCCCUGCCUGCUAACCCAACUAUUUGUAACUGCUAUACAGAAGCAUGCUUGAUGAAGUAUAUGCUUCUCCCUAUUACUAAGUUAUAUUAAUAAUUUCCUUUGUGAGGAUUUUUGCUAAAUUGUGCUGAAAAUUAGGUUAGGAAAUUUAAUAACUCCUUAAAGCAUAGAUAUUCAUAGAGUUGUGAAUAAAAUAGGAAAAGAGCUAAAUUAUCAUGAACUGUGCUUGUGUGAUGGUUUAGAGGGGGUUGCAUUCAGCGUAGGCCUCCUGUAGAAAAAGGCUCUCUUCUACCUUCUGAAGAUCAGAAGAACUACAGGAGAGGCCUGGUACCAAAUUAAUUUCUUAUUAAUCUUGCCCUUGCAGGCUUAAGCAACGGGUGCUAAGACUGUGCAUCAGUCUUCUCAUCUGUGUGUGUGUGUGUGUGUAAGCCUUGCUGCAGGCAUCAGAGGGCUUGAGAGGUUAAUCCAGCCAUUGGGAAAGGCACAGGAGGGAUCCCAAUAAUGGAUCUUCACAGAAAUUUGAAGGACUCCAGUAUGCCAGGUCAUUCUUUAGCACUUUAGACAACAAAGGAACGACUAAUUCCAGAUGGUCUAGGCAGCCAAGAAGUUUGGCAAUAAAGUUUUGUUUAAGAAGGUCUAGAGGGGUCAUAAUCUAUUUUUUUUAAGUUCUAAACUUGAAAAAGCAAUUAAUUGACUUCAACUCAGUUGUCUUACAGGUGCUGGUAGUGUUAAAGCUAGCAGCCUGGCCAAAUUGCAGUCAAGCAGCUAAGUAACUACCUCCUGAAAGCAACCGUGAAACAUUACUGACCGUAUAGACUGUCUGAAGGACGCGUACGUAGGGUUGUGUUGUUCCUGCACACUCUCAGUAGAAGGUGGUAAAGGUGUGCAUGGGGCUUCAUGGCAGUACACAGCAGUUCUUUUUGUGGUGGCUGGGUGCUGAGCUGAGAAAUGGCAGUCAGCAGAGCAAAGCAAAGCAGCACUAAAUGGCUUUUAUCUAAACAAAGCGUUGCCAGCGGCUACAGUUCAUUGACUAAUGAGAAAUGAAGAAAAGGGCAGCGUAAGUGAGUGUUGCUCUGUGAAAGCUACUCUUAAAGUCACCAUAACUUUUAACAGAACUAUUGUCAGCAGAGGUUUUACUCUUUUGGGGAGAGAGGAGACUUUCUGACCUUCUCUAAAGACUUAAAAAAAUCGAGCUACUUCAGCUGUUUCAUAGCACUUGCUAUUAAAUUUCAGGAGAUGAGCACUUUGCAUGCACUGUACCACCUGUAGAGUGUCCAGGCUUCACUGUUUUAAAGGCCUGGGUUUCUUGUUAUGGCUUUAUGGAAUUCAUGACAAUGCUGAGAAUAUGGCAAAAAAAGUGACGGUCAGCUGUGUCAGAUAAAGUGCUUUGCUUGAAUCGACUUUUGCUUCCUGAGCCCCAACACAUAGGGAAUACAUAGAAUUUAAAAUACUUAAAAUGAGGAUUUCUUUACACAGCCCCUCCUCACCCGUCAGUCAGUGUGUAGGUGCUUAUCGAAGUCUAUAGGUGGUGCUAAAGCAGUAACAAACUCACUGGUGCCUCAGGUAUUUUGCAAUGUCCUAGUCUGACUUUUUUUGCAAGUUGUAGAGGCGGUGUGAAGAGAGGGAGGGAUUUUUCACUAUAGUCAUGAUGAGGUGACGUGUGCCGAGGUAAGCAAGAUAAAUGGUUGAACAAAGUGCACCUGCAAGUGGAUGUUGCUGAUUCUCACCAGAGAGCAGGCUGGGGAGAGCACCCUUGCAGAAGCCUUGAUCUCUGGGAGUUCUGAAAGCUGGAAAAAACACAAAUCCUGAGAUUUUCACCAUGAAGAGCUCCAGAAAUGUCUUCUAUAUUCUCUUCUUUCAUACUGGUAAGUGUCCUUCAGAACCUUUUGCUGUGCCCUGGUGUCUUUGGGGUUGACUUCUAUGUGAUGUGAGAGAGCAGGGGGAAACUACCACUAUUUCAGAACCAGUCUCAUGUGGCCAGAAAAAGAAAUAAAAAGAAAGGAUAGAAAAAAUAGAAAAGGAGUAGAAAAAGCUGGUCUGAACACCACGUAUGUGUCUUGACUCAUUGGUGUCAAAUGUGUUUCCCAGCAAUGAAUAUGUUUCAGUGGUGUCUGUUUCUCACAAGUGUGAAAAAGUGUUCUAUGACACUUAUUUUGUAAAAAUAAAAAUAAUCGCCUUACUCCACUUGUCACGCUCUGUGUGAAAUGUUGGCUUUCUCCUGUCACUCCCAAAUUCUAAUGGCAGAAGCUUUUAAUUUCACCAGAGGUGCGGAUGCUGUUUCUGAAACACUCUGCAGUUCUUCAAAAAGAAAUUAUUCUAGCUUAUUCUCUUUUAAAAAUUUUUUUUUACAUUGUUGCUGUUGAAAGUCUUUGAUAGUGUAUUAGUAUCUGUAUUAGCCAUUUGAUGUUACAGGGUGUAGUGCUGUUUCUUUCAGCAAAGGAGUUAAUUGGAUGUUUGCUAGUGAUAAAGUUAUAUGUGUAUUUAGGAACCUGAGCGUAUUUCAAAUGGAAAUUGCCAGCUCCUGCCAGUUCAUGCUUUAUGUAUAUCUACAGAGGUACAGAAGGGCCAAAAUUGUGCAGAAACUUGGGUUCAGAGACUGACCUGCUGUUUUAAGGUGUUCUUGGUGGACAGUCAGAAGAGACGCUAACGACAGACUUUGUCUGUGCCUAAACCCACUUCAGAUGGGAUAACUUGGAAGGAAUGAAAAGGGAAGUUGCUCAGGACCUGGCUUUCCUGUAACAGCAAAGUUCAGCAGUUUGGAAAGGGACAAAUUAAUGACCUCUUUUAGAUGAGUGAGGAAAAAAGCAACAGAUUCAUGCUGUUUCACUAUUUUGGCCAAAAUACAGAGCUAAAUUACUUUUGUUUCAUGUGUAUAUGGCUAAUGAUUCUGUCCUACAAUUCAUGCAUUUUCCUGUGUGUUUCUGUCUAAAACCAGACUGCUGAGGCUGAAGAAUGGCACUUAGCUAUAUGUACUGAGAUGCUGAGAACCCGACUUAAUUUCCAUUUGCUUAUGUUUAGGAAAAGAAAAAUGCGAACCCCUUUAUCAAUGAAAACUGAGGUUCUUCCUCCUGCACCAAGCCAUUAAUGUUGAAAAUUUCACCCAGGCAGAUGAGGUAGAUGUUAAGCUUCUGUGAGGUGCCUUUUUACCAUGACCACCUUGUACCUUUUUUCUAAUGAUCUUGGUUUUCAGAAUUCCUGCAACUCAGAGGUCAGCAGUUGUUUAUCCGUCUAAUAGCACAUGCUGCCAUCAAAACUUCCUGUAAGCUUUCCAAGUCUGACUUCAUGUUUGUUGACAGCAGUAGAGUUGGCUCUUGAGUUGCAGUGGAACAGCACCCAAACCCUCUGUUUCAGUAUCGAGUGAAAAACAUGCUUUAUGGCAUCCAUUAUUUUGUUUGGUCUGCAGCCACAAAGUCAGAAAACAUGCAUGGCUACUGCUGAGCACCAGUGGAGUAAUUUUAACUUUCAGAGUUAGAUGUGUUGUCUCAGCUGCAUGACAGUGGUGGGGAAGAAGGGGGCCAGUUAGAGUUUUUAGAAAACCACAUGACAAAUAACUUAGAGCAGCUUUCAACUUAAAAAUUAGAAUUGUAGAAAAGCAAUGGAUUGUGGCGCCCCCUGCUUACAAAAAUGAUCUCUGCUUGUUUAUCAGCAUAAGCCAUACUUGCAUAUGCAUUUUAUGUACAGCUGCACCAUUUGCGCAUGAUUACAUAUUCUUGCAAAAGCAACAAAGUGUUUGUAGCUUUGGUGCUCAGUAGGGUAGCAUUUGGGCCUGCUGAAAGACACCUUUCUUCACUGAUUAAUGGAAUCUCCACUGCUAACCCUGAGUCUUUUCAUUCAUGGAACUGCCUUCCCCUUCUGUGACUGUGGAAACAGCCUCUGAUGUAAGAGUGUUUUGAAGGGACAAGUUUACUUUUUUAGUUUUCAUAAUAAGCCUAGUGGGAAGGCUCUUGAGCACCUAAGAUCAACUUUUUUUAAUCCAGACCAAAAAGGACUGUGGCAGGACUUCAGGUACUAACUAGCAAUGCUUGAGACAGUGUUGUCUUUGGUCAGUCUCUUUGGGUUUGUAGCAUAUCAUUUUAAAUAGUAAUUUUAAACACUUUUGGCUUGAGAAAGAUGACGUAUUCUGUAAGGUUUUAAGAAUAGUCUGGAUGCCUUGCCCUGUUCUGUGGUCAUUUAUGUCAGAAACGAUGCCAUUGGAUAUCCUGUUUCCAGUCCAAAAAACUUCAGUAUUCGUGAUAAUCUGAAUGAAGGUGGAACCAUUUCUAAAGACUCACUGUUGAAAGAGCCCUGAUUUUUUUUCUGUUUGGGAGGAGGAGCAGCAUAAAAGGUUGGCUCUUUGAGAACCUUUAAAUGGUAAGCUCUGUUACAAAGGCACAGAUAUGUUUUAUAUUUUCUCUUGGUAUUGUGUUUGCAGCUCUCAGCCUGGAACGUAUCCGGUGGUGCACUGUCUCUGAGCAAGAAUUUGCCAAGUGUAAUGACAUGAGUAAGGCCUUUGGUAGGGCCGGCAUCCUUCCCCCUCUGGAAUGUACGGAGGGGGCAUCAGCUGCUAACUGUACGCAGAUGAUCAAGGAUAAUUUGGCAGAUGCAGUGACACUGGAUGGCCAUUCGAUUUACCAGGCUGGAAAAGAGCAUGGUCUGAAACCUGUGGUUGGGGAAGUAUAUGAUCAAGAGAUUGGAACUUCCUAUUAUGCCGUGGCUGUGGUAAGAAAGAGCUCCAACAUCACCAUCAACAGCUUGAAGGGUGUCAGUUCAUGUCACACAGGCAUCAACAGAACUGCAGGUUGGGAUGUGCCAGUGGGCUAUCUAAUUGACAGCGGGCGCCUGGCAGCGAUGGGGUGUGACCUUCCGAAAGCUGUAAGUGACUAUUUCAAUGCAAGCUGUGUUCCUGGGGCAAAUGGUGCAAACUAUCCCAAAUCCCUCUGUCAUCUCUGCAAAGGGGAUUCGGCUGGGCAGAACAAAUGCAAACGAAGUUCUCAAGAGCGAUACUAUGACUACAGUGGGGCUUUCAGGUGUUUGGCUGAAGGUGCUGGAGAGGUUGCUUUUGUGAAGCACAGCACAGUGCCUGAAAAUACAGAUGGUAAAAGUUCUUCUUCAUGGGCCCAGCGGCUUCGCUCCCGAGACUUCCAGCUUCUGUGCCGCAACGGCAACACAGCGGAUGUGACAGAGUGGAGAACCUGCCACCUGGCCCGAGUCCCAGCUCGUGCCGUGGUUGCGCGGCCUGACACCGAUGGGACAGUUGUCUUCCAGCUGCUGAACCAGGGACAACAAAGAUUUAAUGGGGUCGGCACCAAGUUUCAGAUGUUUGACUCGGCAGCCUACGGUGCCCAGAAUCUUCUGUUCAGAGACUCCACCACAGAGCUCGUUGCAAUCACAGCUCAGAAUUACCAGGCAUGGCUGGGUGAUGAGUAUCUUCAUGCCAUGCAAGCCCUGAGCUGCAACCCCAACACAUUGCCAGAAAGCCUGAAUUGGUGUGUUAUAUCCACUGAGGAGAUUUGGAAAUGUGGUGAAAUGGCCGUUGCCUUUAAGAAAAAGAAUUUGAAACCAGCAAUUCAGUGUACUUCAGCCAAGACAAAGGAGCAGUGCAUGGAGCUGAUCCAGAAAAAGGAAAGUGAUGCUGUAGUUCUGGGUGGAGCUGAUAUUUACACAGCUGGGAAGACAUACGGCCUUGUACCAGCUGCUGGAGAAAGUUACUCUGCGGAUGACAACAGCAGUGCAUACUAUGCUGUGGCACUGGUGAAACGAAGUCCGUCCAAUGCCUUCACCAUCAGUGACCUGAAAGGGAAGAAGUCCUGCCACACAGGACUGGGGAGAACUGCUGGAUGGAAUAUCCCCAUUGGUGUGCUAAUAAAGAGGGGUAUUAUCAAGGCCAGAGACUGUAAUAUUCCUCAAGCUGUGAGUGAGUUUUUCUCUGCCAGCUGUGUGCCUGCAGCUAAACAGGACAAUUACCCAUCAAAACUCUGUCAGCUGUGUAUUGGAGAUGAUCAUGGAAACAAUAAAUGCAGUGCAAGUAGCCAAGAACGUUAUUACAGCUACAGUGGAGCCUUCAGGUGCCUGGCACAGGACUCUGGGGAUGUGGCCUUUGUCAAGCACUCGACAGUGUUUGAGAACACAGAUGGUAAAAAUACUGAUAGUUGGGCCCAAAACUUGAAGUCCAGUGAUUUCCAGUUACUGUGUCCAAAUGGUGCCCGUGCAGAAGUCACCCAGUUUGCUGAAUGUCACCUGGCUCAGGUGCCAGCUCAGGCCAUUAUGGUUCACCCGGAUACCAGCGUUUUCGCUCUGUACGGACUGCUGGACAAAGCCCAGGAUUACUUUGGAAAUAGCAGCAAUGGAAAUGGAUUCAAAAUGUUUGAUUCUUCAACUUUUCAAGGAAAAAACUUGAUCUUUAAAGAUUCUGCUGUUGAGAUUGUGCCAGUAGAAGAGAGGAGGACAUAUGCAGAAUGGCUGGGGAGUGAAUAUAUUGAGUCCCUUGAAGGGCUGCAAACACCACAGUGUUCUGGGGCAGGCAAUAAGAUAAGACAAUACCUACUCAUGACUACUGUCGUUCCCCUUCUUAUUUUAUGUCAGAUACAAGGUUUGGACUAGCAUGGUCCAAAUGCCAACUUCCAGGUCACCUCUGCCCUACCACACCUUUUCUUCAGAUAAGCUGCUGUUUGGAUAACCUGUUGUGCUAACAUUGGAAUGCCUCUUCCUGCCUCUUUGCAGGGCAAGUGCUAACAGCACCUGCUCAUCGGGGGAGUGGGGUAGGGCUGGAAGCAGCCCCUGUCCUCAAGGAUGGGGUGGAAUUUGGGGCAGAAGCCAGCAAUACAGUGUCAGCAUGGUUUACAAGAUCAGUCCAGAACUGGAGUAUCUUUGUCAUCUUGCUGAUGUUGAACCAUCAUGGGUGGGAGGAUUCCCAGGUACUGUUAGAUACUGGGUUUCUGACCUGUAGAAGAAUUUCUGUGUCUUGGAAGACAGUAUCAAAAACUGUGUCUAGUGAAUCCUCUCUGGCCUCCUGGCUGGUUACAUUCAGACUCCUACAUCCCUGCUUACCCCAUCCUACCCUUGUUGGGAGCACGCUUCUCCUGAGCUCUGCUGCCAGAAGAGGUGAGUGCACAGAGGGUGGAUAGAGACACGACCUGCAGUCCAGAAUACAGCUUCUGUCAUGGGCAAGGUCCUCCACCUUCCAGUAGAAGAAACUAAGGGCAAUCUCUAAAGUCAUUGGACAAAGAAGGUGGCCAGAGGGACUUGGAGGGGAAAAGAACGAAGCCAGAUGUGUGCGUCCACUGAGCUUGUUGACUUUCCACAACCAGUGCUCUCACUGCUUGAGAGAGAUGCCAUCUGCCCUGUGAUUUUUAAUUUGAUGCAAUCUCCAUCAAGAAACUUGUGGCUGUCCUCCUUCCACAUGGGGUUAUCUUGAAUGCCUGUGCAUGAAACUUGUAUUUGCUGUUAGUGAAACAAAGUAGUUCACUUCUGAUUAACAGUUUCUCUAUCUAUUGGCUUGUAGCAUUUGGGUUUUAUUUUUACCCAUAUAGCUGCAAUAACAACAACUGUUGCUGUGCUGCUGGCAGGCAGCGUCCUCCUGACUGCAGCUACUGCCUCAUGAUCCUGGGAUGAAAAGGCAUUCGGUCUAA